AUGGGCCCCUGUACCGCCUCCUCAUGCUGCUGCCAGGCCCGUAAUCUGCCAUGGGCCCCCGUACCGACUCCUCAUGCUGCUGCCAGGCCCGUAAUCUGUCAUGGGCCCCUGUACCGCCUCCUCAUGCUGCUGCCAGGUCCAGAGUGUCUCAUGGGUCCCUGUACGGCCUCCCAUUGCUGCUGUCUCCAUCGCCACACUCUGCCAUGUGCCACUUUCAGGUCUCCUCACACUGCUGGUGGUUUCCAUUUUGUCAUAGGUUGCUGUAUGGCCUCCCAUUGCUGCUGCCUCCACCGCCACACUGUGGCUCCACACUCUGGUUUUGGCCCCGUGACUGCCCAAAUGAGUGAAGUGUGCGGUGAUUCUAAGAUCGACGGCACUCAUCUGCAUGUCAUACUGACUGACAGUAUUAUUUCUCUUCCCCAGCAGACUCCAAGGGCAUUUAAAUUAAAGGUACAGUGUUCUGCACUAAUAUAA